CCUUGCACACAAAAUCAAUCAACCAAGGACUAGUUCGAGGUUUAACCGUCAUUACUCUACAAGCGCUUUCAAAUCUGAUGUGAUUGAAACUAACAAUUAUCAAAAUGUUCAUCGAAGGAGUUUGGCGGACUGCUUACAUGUACACCGAAAUUUGCGCGCGUAUCUUGCGAUCACUGGGAUCGGUACAUUGAUGUUUUAUACGUUUGAGAGGUCAAAGUCAAUUAAAACCUUUCUGUUGUUAUCAACCUGAGCCGGUCAAUGAUGCAGCCUUCAUAGAGGAAGGAGGACGUUUGAAUUCGACUGGAACAAGAAACAGACGCAGAUGCGAUUUCAGUAAUCAUGGCUGUAAACAUCCUUUAUCCAAACUCGAGGAUACUUUUCGCUCUGAUGUGUUUCGUGGGACUAGCUGGUAUUAACACACUCCGUAUCAAUCCGAGCGUCGCCAUUACCGCCAUGGCAGCAUCCAAUCACGGCCCAAGAAACUCGACACGUGACCACGAUGUGACCAAUGAUGGAUGUUGGAAACGAAAUAAUACGUUCCAAGGAAACUACACGGAUGAUAUUAUACCUGAAUUUUCUUGGAGCAGUCGAACACAAGAGCUUCUCCUCUCUGCAUUCUUCAUCGGGCUACCCAUAACCCAACUCCCAGGCGGCUGGAUCGCCGAUAGAGUAGGCGGGAAAUGGGUCGUAGCAACCGGAGCUGCAAUGACUGCCAUUAUGAACAUGCUUGCACCACUAGCCGCCCGAACAGGAGCAUCAUAUUUCUUCACCGUGAGGUUAUUAGCUGGGUUAUUUGAGGGUGCUGUAGUACCAGCCAUGUUCACACUGAUCAGUAACUGGACUACAAACAAGACCAAGACUAGGGUCACAUCGUUUGCAAUGGCAGGUUGUCCAUUUGGACUGGCAAUAGGACAAAUUGUAUCUGGUUUAAUCUGCUCUACCCCUCAACUUGGAUGGCCUUUCUCAUUUUACAUCUUAGGUUCCAGCUAUCUGACUUGGGCAAUCCUAUGGGUUGUUAUUGUACGAGAAAGUCCGAUAGAAACAGAAGAAAAUUACCAGAAUGACGGCCUGUCAGAUAAACAGGAAUAUGAACAGAGAAGCCAGAUUAAAAAGCCUCCCGCCACUGUGCCCGUCCGUGACCUGCUGACGUCACUUCCUGUAUAUUCAUUUAUUCUGAUCCGGUUUGGUAUACAAGGCUGGGUUGUAGGAACUCUUCUUACCAACCUACCUAUCUAUAUGAAAUACGUCCUUGGAUUCUCCAUUAGAGAGGUUGGAUUAUUAGCGUCAAUUCCUUAUGUUUGUCAGACGAUGAUAGCGAUGGUGACGUCACAGGUGGCUGACUCUCUGAUUGGUCGAAACAGUAGCGUAACUAAUGUCCGCAAGACAAUGAUGUUCAUUGGUGUUGUGGUCAUCGUUGCAACCCUCCUUCCGGUUUCUUUCAUCGGUUGCAAUCGGUACUUCGGUUUAGGUUUCAUCAUAGUAGCCGCAACAGGAACCGGAAUUACCUAUCCGUCGGUUUUCUCCAACGCAGUGGACCUGGCGCCCCGGUUUUCGGGUACGCUGAUGGGUCUUUCAAAUACCAUCGCACUAUCCGCCAGCUUUAUAUCACCAAUAGUAACCGGUUAUCUGGUGGACGAUCAGUCUGACCCGGAGGAAUGGAGAGAUGUCUUCUAUAUCGCAUCAGGGAUCGCAGUCUUUGUCACCAUCUUCUUUCAAUUAUUCGGAUCUGGAGAGGAACAAGCCUGGGCCAAAGACUACGAGAAAGAAGAUGAAAAAUACACGGAUGAAAUAUAUAUAUGUCAGUCUAGAUCUACAGAAAGGAUGCCAUUCAAACCCUUGGUUUGAAACCGGUUUGUGAAGUCAAUAUUAUUGGUACAACAAGAAUGAUCUUCAGGGGAUGUGCCAUUGGGCUUGCAACUACAGUAGUUCGCCAUUAAUUUGCGAGUCCACAUUAAUUUUGGCUGGUUGCAUUGCAAGGCAAGGUGACAAGCACUUUGUCCAACAGUCACGGGGAUGUUGUAGUAGUCGAUCGCUGUGAAGUCUCGAAAACAUAAGACGUCGCUGCAACCGAGGAAAGCCUCCGUGUCGCAGAGACGUCUCCUUGUAUAGACAGAAGAAACAUUUAUGUUGCAGAUGUCUCCCUCUGCGACAUCUACUUUGAUGAGAUAAAGAUCCUCUAAUUCUUGCCGAUACCUCGAAUAUCAAGGCAUUUUCGACAUAAUUCGUGCCAAAUUCAUACCAGCGCUCUGCAGCGUUGUCAACAACACCCGCAACAACAGUAUGUUGAGUCUUGACCCGGUGGCUUGUGUUUUGGGUUUUUUUUUUCGCUUGUGAUUCGUUUUAUAUACAGAGUGGACCAAAUAAGUGCACACAAUGUACCCUGAUCUUUACCUCCAUGAUAGUUUCGAUUCGAUUAGUAUGGCCUAUUGACAUGCCUGUAUUUUGUCAUUCUGGUAAGCUCAUUGAGAUGUAUAGUUAAUGAGCUAUAGCGCAUGCGUAUGGAUAAAGUAUGAAUAUCAGUUUCAGCUUUGUGAAACGUUUUGUUAUUUAACAUUGAGGUGAUGGUCAAAUCUUUGAUGAAAAAACAAGAUUAAUAUGGAGAAUUCCCACACAGCCAAAUUUACCCAGCUAUUUACCAAUGACAA